AUGCAAUGUGAAUUUGAUGCUCUAGAAAAAAUGUUCACCGAUAGAGUCUGUAAUAGUGCUACCAUUCGAGAGAUACGAGACAGCCUAAAUGUUAACCAGUCAGAUGAUUGUGAGUAUAAUUUUGUAGAACAGGAUAUUGCUCUAUCUGGCAUUGAUCAGGAUCGAGGGAUAAUGAUUGUUAAUACCCCGAAUGUGAGGGGUAGAUAUAAUGAUGUAACUAAGAGAAGGAAGACUAGACGAUAUACUCCGUUUAUAACCAACUUUACUAGUAACAACAGUGUUAUAAAAGAGGUGCAAGUGGUAUGGGAUAGCACAGAUGGGGACAUUUUUAAGAGCAGGGCUCUAGCAAUAAUCCCAGAACCUCUUCCAGAUGAUGAAGACCUAUUUUUCAGUCAAACGCAAAAAUCUUUAAGUGAUGUAAGUUGUAUAAUCCAAGCCAUUCACCAGAAUGACUUCUUAAAUCGCCUGGAUGAAGAACAGAUCGAAAUGAUGGUUGAAUGUUUCUCACAUGUGGGCUACAAGGAAGGAGAAGUAAUCAUCAAAGAGGGAUCUGAAGGCAAUGCCAUGUACAUCGUAGCAGAGGGAAACCUAAGUGUAACCCAGUCUGGAACUCAUCUUCGUAAUUUAUCCAAAGGUGAUGUUUUUGGAGAGCUGGCCAUACUGUACAACUGCAAGCGCACUGCUACAGUAACAGCAAUGUCUUAUGUGCUACUAUGGAGUAUUGAAAGGAAAACAUACCGGGCUAUCAUGACUAGUAAGUCCAAGAAGAAACGGGAACAAAUUAUUGGUUUCCUUAAAACUGCCAAGACCUUGAAAAGUUUGCCUGAUUCUCAGCUGUCAAAGAUUUUUGAUUCAAUGGAGGAGCUAAAGUUUCAUCCAAAUGAAGUGAUUGUUAAAGAAGGGGAAGUUGGCAAAACCUUUUACAUCAUUUUGAAGGGAGAGGUCCUGGUAACAAAGAAGAACGUAAAUGGACAAGAAAAGGAAAUCCGUAUUAUGAAAGAAGGGGAUCAUUUUGGUGAACUGGCUUUAAUAAGGAAAAUCUGCCGAACUGCAACAUGCCGAUCGAUUACAGAUGUGACAUGCAUUACCAUUGAUAAGGAGAUUUUUGAAGAAACAAUUCCAGUUGAAUGCCUGGAGCUUCUAAAUAAUGUAGAUACAUUUGACACACCUGUACUCCCUGAGAUAAAAAGGUGCGUAUUUGUAUCUUUGUAUAAUACUACUGAAAUAUAUGUGCCAAAGAAUGUGGAAGAACUUAUAGCAGUUCAUUACAAGCACGGACAAUAUCGAGGAGAAGUGGUGACUCUUGGAGUUGGUGCUUUUGGCAGAGUUGAGCUGGUAUCUCAUGCAUGCACUGGCGACCAUUUUGCUUUAAAAAAGCUGAACAAGAAGUACGUGGUUCAGUCUCGUCAGCAGGAACAUGUGAAGCUUGAGAAGAAGAUAUUAGAAACAGUUGAAUGCAACUUUAUUGUCAAGCUGUAUGGAACAUUCAAAGAUGCCUGGUUUAUUUAUAUGGUGAUGGAAUUCUGUGCAGGAGGAGAAUUGUGGACCAAACUCAGACAGGUUGGUCGGUUUGAAGAAGUCAUUGCGGUAUUCUGUAGUGCAUGCGUUGUGGAGGCCUUUGAUUAUUUGCAUGGGAGAGGAAUUGUUUACCGAGAUCUAAAGCCAGAAAACUUGAUGAUGGAUAAAAAUGGCUAUAUUAAACUGGUUGAUUUUGGCUUUGCCAAGUUGCUUCAAAAGGGAGAGAAGACGUAUUCAUUCUGUGGAACUCCUGAUUACAUGGCACCUGAAAUCAUCAAGAAUGAAGGACAUGAUUGUAGUUCUGAUUUGUGGUCUCUAGGAGUUCUCAUCUAUGAACUUCUUGUUGGCAGGCCACCAUUCUCCAGCUCCAAUCCACAGAAGGUCUAUGGUAAAAUUUUGGAUGGCAUCAUAUCGUUUCCAGUUUAUGUAGGUGAUCUUGCUCGCAUCCUUAUUUGUGGGCUUUGCAGGUAA